AUGGCAACCGUCGCGGCCUACAAGGCCGCGGGCGGGCGGGCCGGGGCCGGAGCCGCUGGACGGAGCUCCCCGGGGCCCGACAAGCAACCAAGCUUUGGAAUCAUGUCUGUGAUGUUGAAUGAAUUAGAAUCCAGUUUGGAGAGUACUGUGCAGAGUGAAGAACAAGACAACACCAGCUGGCAGCAGUAUUUGGAAAGGAGAAACCUUGUUCUGCAGUUCCUGCACUCCAGCCUGAGCCUCCACUACCUCCAGCACCACCAGAACAAAGUUGAGCUGCUGAAGAAAUGCUACUUUUACUUGGACAUCGAGCCCAAACACUUGAACGUGAGAGACCAGAACCACAUGAUGCGUUGCAUUGACAUCUUGCAACUAGCAGACCCCUGCCAACUCCAGAGGAUGAAGAAGGUGGGAAAAAACCAGACUGAAAUCCAGCUGUCACUUUUAACCGAGCUGUUAGAACAGCUGGAACAAGGUCGAGAGGAGUUGAGCAGUUACGUAGAGACCUGUGACAUGACAACCUUCCUCUCCCAGUGGGACUUGAUUAUGCAGAGACUGUCCAAUCUCUCCGAGUUCAUGAAAACUCUCCUUUCCUUGGAAGUGCCAGGAAAGCUCUAUGUCAAGCACCGUUUGGUGUCCCAUGCAGAUCUUAGACAUGCCGGACUCCCCAAGAUUAGGCUUUCUCUCUGUACAAAGAUGCCACUGAUUUUUGAUCGAAAUGAAUCAUUUGCACACAAGGACUGGGCCAAGCUCAAGUGGUUUUCCGAAAAUCAAGAGUCACACCUCGAACCAUGUGAACUGCACGUUAAGUUACUGACAAAUGGGACUCAGACAGAUGUGGGAUACGGUAGGAUUCAGACAGUCACCUCCAACACAUGCGUAGUCCGGGAUCUGCAGCCUGGCAGAUUGUACGAAUUCACAGUUAAAAGAUCAAACACUCCCACGCUUGUCUUUGAAAAAUGGCACGACAGCAUUACAUUGGAGACACAAAUUAACGCUCCCGACGACGUGGACAGCAGAGCUUGGGCACCAGAAGGAUGAGGUGGCGCACAAGAGCAUUUUUCUCAUCCACUUGAAAAA